GCCAGUGAAACAUCAGGAAGAAAUUCCAAACAUCGACGGCUUUCAAACCAGAAAAAUAGUAACACCGAUAAGAGGGUCAUUUAAAUUAGGAAAGUCAGUCAUUUUUAAGCUUGUUUAGAUGGCGUUUUAAAACUUAGGAAAUCCCGAUUCGAUGUGAUACAUCAGUGAAUUGAUCAAAAACAAUGUAAAUAACGUACAACUUGAAAAGUGACAACGAAGAGUUGAUUUUUGUUUUUGAAUCUCUUCAAAUUACGUCAGAAAAAGUUGAAACGAAAUUGACAAUUUUUAGUUUCGUUUCGAAAGUCUACGGAACGGAUCGGAGUUUUCUAAAUUUUAUAACACCCCUGAAGUAAGCUCUAUGAUGGAUUACUUUUUCUCAUUUCAUUGACGGCUGUCCUUCUUAUCUUGGACAGACUCAUCUAACUUUGAACAAAUUAUCCAUUUCCCCAUUUAUUUGAUUUGUAAUAUCCACACUUUCUUGAAUAUUGUGUAAGUCUAUUUAGUAACUGUUACAUUGAUAAAAUGUUGCUGAUAUGCAAAAUAAUUCAAAUACUUGUAAAGUUCAUAAUUUGUUAUCUGAUACUGGAACAUAACGGUAAAAUAUUGAAUUACUGAACGCGAAAACAUUUAAAAUGUGAUAAGAGUCAUGUUAUUAUCAAUUAAACACAAAUGUGCUAAUAGGACUUCAAAGCACUGAUAAACAGGUUGAAAGAAUGAAUUAUGGUGUGAGAAAGGCUACCAAAAAUAAACAAACCAGUAGAUCAUGACCGCUUUAGAGAAAUUAUGGAAUGCUAUAGAAGACCUCUUCGGACCAGACCAUGCCACAGAAACACGACACGUAGCAUUUGCAUUUCUUCAGAGCCUUCUGAGGGGGCAAUAUGAUAAACUGAAAUUGAUGAGAGCUCAUUUUUUUCGUUUCAUAAAGCACCAUGACCACCCUGAAGAUGUUGGUCAACGACUCGAUUCGUUGAAUAUUUUAACCUGUAACGGAAAGAAUAUUUUAUACUUUGAAGAAGAAGUAGGGCCAUUUUUGUUACAAUGGCUUCCGGAUAUAUCCAAAGCUGGUAAAAUAGAGGAAUAUUUGAGCAUGGUGGACAAUGUUGUGAAGUUCAAUGCUGCUUAUUUAGACGAUGAAGUUAUAUCUGGAUUCAUACAACACAUGUGCAUUCUAUGCUGCAGUACUGGCAAUAGCAAAACUGUUGUGGAAUCGUGCUUGCAAAUAAUGUCUACUAUUGUUGCUUACAGUAAUAUGCCUCCAGAAUCUUUACCCAAAUUCAUCGGUACCUUAUGCCGUACUGUGAAUGUUGAAGAUUAUUGUAUGCUUAGUUGGAAGAUUAUGAAGAAUCUCCUUGGCACUCACAUGGGACAUUCCACUCUUUAUACUAUGUGCCGUAUUUUGCAAGAGCCCGCUCUCAGCUCAGAUUCUGAUCUUUUGAGGGGCGCAGUGUUUUACAUCCACAUGGCUUUAUGGGGAUCGAUACCGGUUACUAACUUGCACUGUCCCCCCAGCUCAGUUUUACCUUCAUUUUUACAUGCGAUAAAAUGCAACCAAGCAUCUGUAGCAUUUGAAGUCGUACUAGGUCUCCAACACCUGGUGAACAGACAUGGACAAGAAUUACAAAAUCCAGCUUGGUCGGUUUUGUUACAAAUUAUAUUGCACAUCAUCCAUCACUUUGACCUCUCUUCAAAUCAACCGCCCAAUAAAGAAAUAAAGGUUUGUUUGCGGGAAACGCUGAACAAUAUAGAAAACCUCAUGGAAAUCGGUAGCUACAAUGGAUCCGUCGAACAAUUUUUUCGUAUAAUCGAGGAAUGUUCCGCCGACCAACCAGAAAGUUCUAUACUGAGACUUAUCAUGUAUUAUUCGCAAAGCAUUGUACCGACUGAACAUUUAUGGCUGACUAACCUCUAUAACUUGCUACACAAGUACUUCAAACCGGAAAUCAGAACCAAUAUCAGAUUGAAAGUUUUAGACAUAUUAGCCAAUGUUAUAAAACUGAAUAGGAGACAGUACGAAGACGAACUCAUUGAACGUAUAGUACUACCACACACUGUCAAUGUUGUUAAUUGUAACGAUGUUAUUGUUAGAUCCUCAGUUGCUAAUCUGUUGAUUGAUUUGGCAUUGGAAUGUGAGUCGAAAAAAUGCGUUGAAUUACUGGAUAUUUUGGAACGGCUAUUACUCAGACCUUUCGAUAGUCAUAUGCAAGACAUUCCACCAAAUACGGAAAUAGAACACUAUGAUAUUCAGUGUCUUGUAGAAGGAUUAAUCAAAGUAUUCAUCUACAAGAUACAUAAAUUACCUUCGAUCCAGGCUAUCAAGAUUUACAAAAUGUUGGUGACAUUCUUGGAAUGUCACUACAAACAGCCAAAAGUUUUUGAAAAUUGCCCUGUUAUUAGACGAAUGAUUUUUGACUGUUUUCUAAAAAUGCGAGCCGACUCCCUGUAUCAUUUGGGAUACGACAACGGUGAAAAAAUUGAAUAUAGCCAUUAUUUAUGUGUGGUGUAUCAUAAUCCUGACCGAGGAUCUUUAGGAUCUCCAGUGCCACAAUCUCCUGCACCUACGCAAAAUCUUCCUGUUUCUGUAACUCAUGUUUCCCUCAGAAGAGCAUUCAAAGUUUUUCUAAGUUGCCUGAAAUUUGAGAAAGAUUGGGAGGUCUUGAGUCUUGUUCUGAAAGAAAUGACGAAGGGGCUUCAGAAUAAGUCUCUUAUUUUGUCAAAGCAGGGAAAUAAUGAGUUGGAUCUAUUAGUCGAUGUGUUGUGUGCAAUGAUUACAGACAAAAGUUACAAUCUUCCCGAAUCGUUGAAUAUGAAAGUAUCUAAACCGAACUUCCAUGCAUUGGUCAUUCUAGUCUUGGUUAAUUUAGCUUCUUAUCACAAUUACCUCGAUCAAUCUCACCAACAAAAAAUGAUAAGAUGUCUCAUGAAAUGUACGAACAGUAUAGGACCUAAAAGUUCCAAACACUGUAUUGCGGCACUCACUAUUUGUACACUGGAAAUGAGAGAAGCAAUGGUGAAAUUAUUGCCCGAAGUACUUUUAAAUUUGUCCAAAAUAUCAGCAACGGUUCACAUCGCUAUUCCUGUUUUAGAGUUCAUUUCAAAAUACAUGGCAGUUUUCGCAAUAUCACUACCUUAUACGAAUCCAUUUCGAUAUGACCACUAUACCGUGUCUCUGGCUCACCAUGUGAUAGCAGUUUGGUUUCUCAAGUGUCGGCUACCGUUCAGAAAAGAUUUCGUCAAAUUCAUCACGAACGGUUUACAAACGAAUGUUUUGAUACCAUUUGAAGAAACAAAAACAACCAUAUUCAAUCAAAACUUGAGCGAGUUGAAUCAAGACAGUUCUGAUAGGAAGAGGAGUUCCAGUUUGACAGAACAGGGUUCCAGAAGAAGAACUGCUAACGUAUCUGCCGUUAGGAUGGAUAAAGCCGUUUUGAAAAAGUCAAGCCCGGAGAAGUCGCUCAUGACAUUUUAUGAGGAGCUCACAGAAACUUGCAUAGAUCUGAUGGCGAGAUAUGCCUUUUCCCCUUGCAGUGCCUUACCGAGAAGACUACCUGUUGCUGAAUUUCUCUUGAACGGUGGACAAAGCAUGUGUUGGUUGAUCGGCAACAAGUUGUUUACCGUAACGACUAGCGGGUGUUCCCAAAAAAUUCUGAAAAAUGGCCUGUGCGACAAGUGUUGGACUCUGUGCAGCAAUCAAAACGAGUCCAGGAAGAAAACUGGCCGGAGUGGAAGUAACGAAACCGAUGAUCUAGAUUGGGCUUCUCGCCAGAAUUCCAAUGAGAAAUCCAAUAACACCUCAGUUAGCUCACCUUCGGAAGACUUGAGAAAAAUUGGGGAUAAACUUGAUAUGGUCUCUUCGAAACUCCAACAGAUUGCUAGCAGCGUAAAACAGGAAAAGGAGAUGUGUGCUUGCUGGUGUUCCGGGUGGGCUGAGAUUUAUGUUAGAAGGCCAACAGGUAAUAAAUUAAUGAUGGACGACGACUGCAAAAGUUCGGACGAUGAUGGCGGAAAGAAAAACAAAAUGUAUUCCAAAGAUAUGAGGGUUAGCUGCGAAGCUAUACCCGAGGAAAUAGCAGGAUCUGGUACGACUCCACCAUCCAAUGAUCCUCUUCAUGUCGAAAAAACGGCUCAGACUUCCAAAAACCUCCUCAAUUCUUCCUAUCACCCAACCCUAUUAAGUUGUCAUAGUUAUCCCGGUUCCUCUCCUCCGAAAGAAACAAACAUUGCCCCAAAACCGUACCAGACCGUACCACCAACUCCUAACGUUUCUACCUUCAGUGGUCAACAACCAGAUUUCAUGAAGAGACCAACUAACUUGCCGAACUUGAGUAGUUUGGUUCCGUUGAGCAGUAAACCACCGCAGAGUCCUACUCAAACUUCUCCGAGAUUGGGAAGACAUUUGCUCAGUAGAGAUGGUCGUGAAAUUCAAAAAAGCUCCUCGUCCUCAAUUUUAGAAAAGAACACCUCCAACGUGAAUCUGAACCUAGCAAGGGAGAGAGCAAGGGAACGUAAAAACAGCGGCAGUAUGGAGCGCCUCAGCAGCCUGGAACCAAACUUAAUGCAGAAAAGAGAUCGUGUACAUACAAUUUCUGUGAUGAGCCCAGUAACCCGUAAGCCACGGUCAGAAACCUUUCGUUCCCAUACGAAAUCUAAAGAAGUUCCAAAAAGUGGUAUCAAUCCAAGUUUCGUAUUUUUACAGCUUUAUCAUCAGGCUAGCUUCGGAAGCAAGAGCGAGAGACCCAUCUUGGUGGAGAACAAUGACAUUGCGUUGAGGGCUGUGAAAGUUUUGGACAGUAUCGCUCCAUAUGAGACGCACAAGAUAGGUGUGGUGUAUGUGAGAGAGGGUCAAACGAAUUCCGAGGUGGAAAUUUACAAAAACAGAUUUGGUUCCUUAAGGUACGUCGAGUUCUUGCAACAGCUUGGAACUUUGGUUAAGCUCGAAGAUGUUGAUCCGCAGGUGAGAACAGAUUUUGAAGUAGCACCUUGAAAUGACGGAAAUUGACUACCAGUUGUAUUAAUUCUCAUCUUUACAGUUCUAAAUGUUAUUCAUUUCAAGAAAUGAAAAUACCCUUGAUAAUUUUC